GUCCAUGUAUAAAACAUUUUGGGGCAGCACGUUCAAAUGUAUUUUCCCCCAACCCAAAACCAUAAAAAAACAUCAAAACCCACUAGUUUUGUGAAUGGUUUAUUUUAAAUUUGAAAAUACUAGUGCAAUUGAGGAUUGUUCAGAAAAAGAACUCAACCCUUUCACAAGAAGUGCAUUUCGGGUCCGCAUCAGUGUGUCCCAAGUUUACAUCAUAGAAGACUCCUUGUGUGUCCUCGGAGAGAAAACACCACAUAUUUAACUAUGAAACAAUAGCUGUGACUUUUUACAGAGUACAAAUACAACAAAGUCUGUUAAUACAAGCCAGUACAUAGAAGAACUGUAGCUGUGACUAAAACAUCAAGGCUCUUACGUUGAUUUUAUGAGUAAACCUUCACACUAAUAGAUGGGACACAUUUAGUUUGAAUGAGGUUCUCUAAAGAGAAUCUGGUGCGAGGAAACACUGCUGCUUUUGUCUGCUAAAAUCAAAACGAGAGGAAAGUUCCCCUGUUGCAACUUCAAGAUGUUUGUUUUUUUAAAUAGCUUCAACCGUGAACAUGAUUCAUGACUUAAUUACUAGAGCCUGAAUGUCAAGAAAAGCACACGCUGCAGAUAACAUCCGUCCUACAAGUGCAGUGAUACGACUGCUGUGUGCUGGAUUUCAACACAUGAAUGCUGACACAUACAAACUGGGAUCCAUUCUAGCUGUAACCCAGACGUCGGACUUUUAUGGCCGAUCGGGAUCAAAAUAAACAUUAAGUUGAACGUGGUGACUUUCUAUUAUCUGUAUAAUCGUAAAUAUUGUCUCAUAUGAUUUUGGUAAAAAGCCGUCCAGGUCGCCAUGAAGGUGGUGAAAUAGAAAGCCUGAUGAAGUUAACUGUGUUGUUUGCACUCUCUUCUUUUCUCUGUCUUUCCCUCGCAUCCCUCCUCAGGGCUGGGACCAUGGAUUCGUCCUCUGAUGAGGAGGAGGUGCGCACCUUCAUCCAAGUCCUCAGCGAGAAAUACUGCCCGGGUAAUUUCCCCUACGGCCAAGGAGUCGUGGUUAUGUCCAGCCCGCCAGGAUCCCCCGUGAAAGCCCGCCUGUUCUUGCCGAGCAUCCUGGUUCUGAGUGACUAUGGGAUCCGUAAAGCUGGAGACAGAUCUGACAUUGCAGCUUUCUGUGCCCAUGUGGUCGAGCUGGACCUGUCCCACAAUCAACUUAACGACUGGACGGAGAUCUGCGACAUUGUUUCCAACAUCCCCCACCUGGACAUCCUCAAUCUGAGCAUGAACCCUCUGAGCGGCAUAGAGCUGGAGCCCAGCCUGGCGGAGGUGUUCCUCCGGGUCCGACAGCUUUUCCUCAUCAACACACACAUCAGCUGGGACAGCGUGCACACGCUCACCAAACAUACACCAGAGCUGGAGGAGCUUUUCCUGUGUCUGAACGGCUACAGCACCAUCUCCGAAUCCCAGACCUCCUGCCCGUCUCUGCGCCUGCUGCAGGUUACAGACAACCAGCUGCAGGAAUGGGCCGAAGUGCGGAAGUUCGGAAAGAUGUACCCGAAUCUGACAACACUGGUUCUGGCCAAUAACAGUGUGGGCUCUGUGGGCGACACCCAUGAUGCACUGCAGCAGCUCUUUCCCAACCUGCGCAGCAUCAACCUCAACAACUCAGGGCUUCGUACAUGGGAGGACAUAGAGAGGCUGAAUUUCUUCCCUAAACUGGAAGAGAUCAAAGCAAAGGGGAUUCCAUUAUUGCAGCCUUACACCACCCACGAAAGACGUAGCUUCCUUUUAGCACAGCUGCCAUCUGUCGUGCUGCUGAAUGGGAGUUCAGUGUCAGAUGGAGAGCGAGAGGAUGCUGAGAGGCUUUUCAUCCGUUACUACCAGGACUCCCCGCAACAGGAACGUCCUGAGAGGUACCACACCCUUGUAUCCAAGUACGGUCAGUUGGCCCCCCUGGCGGUGGUGGACCUGCGCCCCCGCAGCACCUUGGUGGACGUUCGCUGUGGCGACCGGGUGGAGGCCGUCAGCCUCCGUCUGGCGCAGACGGUGGGCGACCUAAGGAAACGCAUCCGAGCUCUGCUGCAGCUGCCCGCCAGCAGGAUCAGGCUCUUCUUCAUCAGCCGGGAGAUGUCUUCGGUCGUGGGACCGGAGGAGUUGAAGAGCAGCAGACGGGCCCUCCAUUCCUACAGCAUCCGAGAUGGGGAUGAGAUUCUCGUUGAGCCCAAAGUCACAGGUUGCUGCGGCGCCUCAGAUCUUUGAGUCCGGAGGCUCUCUGGUUUUGGAUAAACGUGACGUCAGGGCUACGCUUACUUUGACUUGAGCCAUUUUUAGAUUAAAAGAAAAGGUGAAUUUAUUCAGCCUGGAAUGCAGAGAGGAUUGCCGUCCACCACACUGAACAAAUCUAUACGUAAUAAUAAUAUAUUCAUAUGAGUCUUUUUGUACAUAAGGAGUGCCACAUUCACAAAACGUGUAUCUUUUGAGUGGCAUAUGUAUGUGGGGCUUGAGGGUAAGACUGCAGUUUAGGAAAUUGUUAUGCAAAUCUAAUUUGAAGAAAAAAACACUGCCAUAAUUACCAACUGACUGCACGAUUUGCACAUUGAUUUAAAAACUACAUCUUUUUUUAUAAUGGUGUUUUUCUGAUCAUAUUUGAGAUAUGAGGAGAAAACGUGUGAAACAUGUUGAUUGGGUGACCAAACAAAUAGAUGACACACACAUUCUGAUGGAAAUGAUGUUUUCAAAGCUGCUGUGUGCAUACCUUCUGUCGUUUCACUGCUCAUUGGGUUUCCAGAAUGCUUUUCUGCCUCAUAAUCAGCAGCUUUAUGAUGUUUUCGCUCCGUUUUUUCCAUUAGUUUUGCGUUAAUAGAAGACUCGUCUGAGGCUUGUUUACAGUGAACCAUGAACAGUGCAAGCUUUUGAGCUUGGGUGAAUUUAAUCCUAUAAAGCCAGAACAAUGGCAAACAAUGAACCCUAAUCGCGCAGCAGCCAAGCUGACUUGAUGCAUCUUUCUUUUAGGUUUUCAUGAUCAUGACGUGCGUGCGCGUGUACGUACGUUUACGUUUUGAAAAUAAUCUUUCCCUGCUUCUUCCCAUCACUCAGCUCCCUCUCUUUUCCACAUGACUCUUGGUAGCAGGGAAAUAGCCUCGGAUGAACCCCGAGCCGGGAGAGGAGGAGCGAAGGAGCAUUGAUGCUCAAGUUACCGCAGGUCUUCUGGCCGUCCAGCCCAUGAAUGGAGCAGCUCUCUCAGCCGGGAAACCAUGAGGCCCGGUCGGUAUGGUAACCACACACCGGCCGCUGGGUCACGGACACUUCCGCUGCAUUUAUUUAGGUUAGAACAGGACACGGGGUCGUGAACCUUUCCGUUGACUCACAUCGGCAUCGAUUGUUUUCAAACUUUAGAGAAUAGAUAGAAAUACGCAAUUGACGCGUGAAAUACGCACUUUCUGGCAAUUGACGGCCUCUUCCACUGCAGGAAUUUAGGGGUUUCUCAUAACCUGAAACUUCUCAGAACCUUGUCAGGCCUCACUAAAUUGGCCCAUGGGAAUAGUGAGUAAAAUACACUCUCUAGGCUCGUACAGUUUUCCACAUGCUGCUGUAGGGUGCGUGGGACCGUGGGCCGGAGAGUUGAGAACUCUCCAAAAUUGAAGCCAAAACAUUUUGGUGGUGAGCAAAGGAAGCACUUUAUCUGAUAUGCAUUGUUUUUUUGUGAGCGGAGCGCGCAUUUUAAACGUCACAUUCAUCGUCGAACGCGUUCAUUCAAGUCAUUUCCCGAAGCCCAAAUUGCGUUCGUGCAUAAUAUUGGAUUAAUCGCUUGGGUUUAUGCUCAUAAUUUUAAAUCACGCUGGGUGAAGCGAGUUGAGGAAUCACAUGUUUGUCUUGAACACACUUAGAAGUGAAGGUCAGCGUUCUGUUACCAAAAUUGCGUGAACAUGUGUUGGGCCGCCGUCGACCUGUGGCAGUCUUGCAGUGCCGUCUGGACAGCGAGUAGGACGCACCGGUGGGUAAACACUCACUUGCACCCUGUGUUUCCCCUGGUGAUGCUCCAUAGUGAACAACAUGUCAGGUUUGUAAAUGAUCAGUGGGCAGCACAGUCCUGUUUGGUUAGAUAACAGAGCGAACAACUCACAUUGAUGGAGGUCGCAUUGAGUUGAAACUUGCGUAUUACAGUUGUUUGAAAUAUGUUUUCAGAGGAAUAUUUUCUGACGACAUGUAAGUUCAGGUAUCGGAAUUGGUGUGGGGAUGUGAAAGAUGGUGUCAGAACACCUCUGGUCCAUACGUGGGAAGUAAUGGGAUAAGCAUACGGCAUUUUCUUUUCUAAAGUAAUAGUGGAUGUAUCGUUGGUUUGCAUGUUCUGAUAUUUAUUUGUGUUUUUGAUUUAAUGUGUACGAGAUGCUUCAUUCCAGGGAAAACAGUGAUGUUUAUGGGCAUUUGUAAUUUUGUGCACCUGCCGCCCUCACUAUUAUCCUUCAGUAAUGCCAAAUACAAAGAUUAUCUUCAGAUUUUACAAUAUAGAAGAUAGUUACUAAUCUAUAUUACAUUUUUUCUUUUUGUUGUGUUACUUUAUCAUGUUUGCUUUCUGUCCCUUCUCAAAUGUGUAUCUAAAUAUUUCUAAUGAUACACAAAAAUGUUGUUCAGGACGUCAUCGUGCCAUAUCUACACCUGUAUUGUGUAACGUUGCUUUCACUUCUCAUUAAGAAAAAUAAAUGAUAAUUAUUUCUGCUCA